AGCAGAAGCUAUUUAUGUGAUUAAAGCUGUCAUCCUUUGUAAGAUGUAAGCAGACACUGAGAAGCAAACCAGACAGAAAGGACUUUUUCUGGGUUUGGACUGUUGGCAUCUCAGAGGACCAACUCUUUAGGUAUCCUGAUUUGGAAAACGAAUACGGUUCACUCAUAUUUUAUAACUUGUCUAAGAAAAUGCUUGGAGAAGCCUUCUUAACUAAAUUCUUCUACAAAGAACAGAGACAUGCAAAACUUUACAAACCACUAAGAUGUAAGAAGACAUCAAAUGACAAAAAGGAAAAUUGGGAAAAUAAGCUUUUAGAUGUACCAGACAAUUCACUUCCCCCUUUAAAGAAUGGAAGUCAAGAGAAAGUUAUAGAAGGAAGUCUAACUGAACAAGACAAUGAUUCAUCUCUAAUGAAAUCUAUGGAUGAGCUACUUGUUGCAAAAUGCAAAAGUACACCUCUUCCAGGAAGUGUAUCUGUUGCAUUGCCCAUUCCAAAGAGGGGACUUGACGAAACACAACUGGAUUUAUAUCGAUCCUGGUCAUGUACAAGUAUUUGCCAGAAUUAUCCUGACCUACAGAUAGGAGGUGACCACAUUAGAAACAUGUAUGAUUCUGGCUGCUUUGUGGAACACACGCAUGAUGAUGUUUGUAAUGGUCCUCUUUUACUUUCAGUGGAUAUACCAUUGGGACACUCUCCUAAAAUGGAGCCUCUGGAGAAAACCUCUACCUCAAAAUUAUUCAAUGGUGAUGAAAUUCGAGAAAAAAGCAUGCUAUUACAUAAGCAGCCCCUCUCUAAUUCUAUGCUUAAUAAUUAUAUGGAAAGAAAGGUGGAUGAACUCUAUAAACAAUUUUUGGAAGAAAAUCUUACCAGGUGCCCCUCUAUAACCAACCUCAUGGCUUCUAGCAUACUGAUGAAUAAUGUCAAUCAAAUUAGCCUUCAAAUUUCUCAAGAGCAGAACAUAGAAGCAUCCAAAGCCCGAGAAGCCCUCCUCCACUCUUUAGCACUAUGUAAUCUUCGUAAUGUUUCCCACAGAAACAGUACUGAAUUAAGCACUCCUAACUUACAGAUAUCAAACCAGGUUAGUCGGGAAUUUGUAUGACAUCUAUAAUGGUAAUCAACUAAAGAUUGCUGGGUCAAAUAAGAAACUACAGUAACAAUUGUGUUCUCAUGCUUUUUAGGUCUCAUAAAGUUUCCUUUGUGGUGGUGUUACUUUUUGAGAAAUUAUUUUGGUUCAUCUGAAUUCUUGUAGAAGAUAAAUACAAUAUAUACGAUUCAUGACCAUUUAUGUUGUUUUUCAGUUUUGACACCUUUAGGAGUUUUUACAUUUGAGUUCGUAUGCUCUGAGUACAUAUUGUCACUAAGCUUUGUGUACCACAAAGGCGGUAUGAGGAAGGAAUUGUAUCGAAAUUCUUUUAAAGACAUAUGAUCAGUGUUUCACUAACCUUCCUCUUAUUUAUGGCACACAAGACUAUUUACACUGACAACUAGAAUAUUGUGGGAGAAUUUGUUUGCAUGUGCAUAUACUAUUCCCAUAUAUAGAUUCGAAGAGCCUAUAGAAAAAUAUACAAUUUGUCUGACAUUUGUAAGAGACUUUGAUGGAAAGAUUAAGGAAAAUGGAGAACUUAAUGGGAUCCAUUUGAAUUAAACUAUUUUAUUUUAAAUUCUUCUGGCACAAGGAUGAACUCUUUUAUAUUACUGUGUUAUUCCUUGUUGUUUUUAUGUCUGAGAGGAAGGAAGGUGCACACACAGGUUGAGUGAGUGAAGUGUAUGGCAAACCAUCCUCUACUCCCGAGACCCUCUUGGCAAUGUUUUACACUAGUCAGAUUCUCUACAAUCAUCAUCUUGACGUAAGGUAAAAAAAGAUGGGUAAAAUUUCAAAUUGAAACUAAACUAACCUAAUUCACCUUUUAAAAUGUUAAAUUCUAUUGCCAAAGUGAAAAGAAGAUCCCAUGGCUAGCAGCUCACAUUUCUCCUAUGAAUAGUGAAAUAAUCAUUACACAUUAUUGCUUGUAAGUAGAGUGCUAUGGGCUUCUGUGAUAAACUUUGUUUGAAUGUAUAAUAUGUUAAUUACUUUAUGUAUUAAUAAUCUCCUCAAAAUAAGUGCUUGCUCCUUAUUUAAUUCUAUAGAAUGAACCAGUUCAAUGUCCUCAUCUCUUGUGAUUUUAAAUCACACAUUGUCCUUCAGUCCUGUAGCUUGAACUCCUCAGAAUGCCUUGCUUUUCUCUCCCUCACUCCUUCUCAUCAUCUGCCAUAUUUGUUCAAUCAAUUUCAAUAAUUCAGAUGUUUGAUUCUGAAAAGACAAUGGGCAACAGUUUUGGAAAACUGAUUUACUGUCAUUUAGAAAUUGAAAAUAUUGUGUAUAUUGCCUAUUGAUUUGUUUGAUUUUAAUAUUUCAAUGCAUAUUAUCCACAUGAAAAUACAUUUUAUUAAAAUUUGUACUUUAAAAAAUUGAAUGGACUAUAUUUAAACAGCAUUUUUGUGUCUUAAAGCAGAGUAAUGUAUACUAGUAUUUUAUUUAUGUAGCAUAUAUGUCCAUAGUGUUGUGAUUAUAUAGUACUAUAUAAAACAGUAAUGUUUAGCCAGUAUCAAAUUUUUUGCUCAUAACAAAUUUAAUACUGAAUUUAUAGCUUCAGAUUUAAAAAUUCCACAUUCCUAUGCUUACUUUCCCAUUUCAUCAAAAUACCUACUAUAUGAUGAUAGUCACAUGAUUAAAAUGGCCUAAAAUUAAUGCAAUAAUUAAAUAAAGGAUGCUAUAUUUUG